AGACAGGCGAAGACAUAAUUUACUUUAUACAAAAUUCACUGGGUUGUUUCUUUAUUAAGUCGACUUUAUCGACUAGCUGUCAAACAUUUCGAGAUUUUUGUGUUGCAGUGAAUUUGUCGAAUUAAGUUUAAUAAUGACUUCACCAAUAAGAUUUAGGCUUUUGCAAGAUGUUGAAAAUUACUCUCCGGAUACUCUUGAUCUCAGCUUAGAUAGCGAAGCCAAAAAAUACUGGUUCAAGUGUUUCAAUCGACUGGUAUUAAAAUUUGAACAACAAGCAGCGAAAAGCCAAAACGGGGACCCUACGGCUGUGGAUCGUGCUGCUAAAUUUCGUACAUAUUACUUGGACCAACUUGAGCAACUUCAACAGGAUAACCCCAGUCUUGACCCAAAACCCCUGGCAAUAAGAGAUUUGUUGGAAUUGAAUGAAACAUCUUUAAGGCUAUUUGGAUUUGAUGAUCCAUGGAGGGAACAGAAAAAAGUGGAAAAUCAAGCAUCAAUUACAAAACUCAGCUCCAGGCUUGACUACAUUGACCAAAUAGAGGAUACAAGAGCUAAAUGGACUGAGAUCAUUAAGGGAGUGUUGGCAGGUAACAUGUUUGACUGGGGGGCACAAGCUGUAGCUCAAAUAUUGGAGAAUGAUGCUAGUUUUGGUCUAGAAGAAGCACUUGAACAAAUUCAAAAACGACCCUGGUUGAUUGAUUGUUUAGAUCAAUGGCUGGAUAGAACGCAGGGACCCCCACAUAAAUGCGCUACAAUUUUCACUGAUAACUCUGGCAUUGAUAUAGUACUGGGAAUUCUGCCCUUAGUAAGACAAUUUUUACUUCAAAAGACAAAAGUUUUACUGUGUGCAAACAAAAAACCAACUUUGAAUGACAUUACGGAAGAUGAACUACAGGAUUUAAUAAGGCAAUGUUGCUCAAAGUGUGCAAUAAUUAACGAAGCAUAUGAACAAGGUAUGCUGCAAAUUUUCGGUAAUGAACAAAAUGGCCCGUGUCUGGAUUUCCGCCUUCUGACACCAGAGUUGUGUGAUGAAAUAUUGCAGAGCGAUUUACUUAUCAUCGUUGGAAUGGCCAGAGCACUACACACUAAUUUGAAUGCAAAAUUUACAUGCGAAACGUUAAAGUUAGCAGUUGUGAAAAACGAAUGGUUGGCCAAACGUCUUGGAGGAGAAACUUUCUCAGUUAUCUGUAAAUACGAAAACAUAUGAUAUUAUGUGCUAUUUCGGUAUGUUGGAAAAUUCAAAUAGAUCAAUGCACCACGAAACAAGAAAUAUAUUAGCAAUUGUUCGAC